AUGUAAUCUGAGAUAGGGAAAUAAAGAAUGGCUUUUAAAUAAAUGCUUUCUCAAAUUCAAACAAUGACGAAGAUGUUAUGGGACGUAACAGAAACUAUAAAUUAAUUAUACGAUUGGAUUGAAAAGAAAAAUGCCGAAAAGAAUGUAUCAGUUAUGGAGAUGGAGAAAACGUAAAAUUGGUUGGAUUAAGAAAGUAAGUCAUAUAUCUAAAAGAUAAAUGAAGAAAUAAAUAAGCUUAAGUCAUUAAUUAUGUAUUAAGUUCAAUCUUAAUAUAGGCUUCAACCUAAUUAGGAAGAAAGUGAAGUAUAUUAAAGAAAGGAAGAUCUUUAUGAAAUUUUAGCCUACAUUCAGGAUAUUGAUGAAUCAAUAUUCAAAGGGAUUCUUUAAAUACUUAAAGAGGAGAAAAUCACAGACCUUCUAAGUUUUCUUUCUAAAACAGGCAAACAAAAGUUUCAAUAAUAUAUUGUCAAUAGUUAAGCAAAUAAAUGA